AUGUACAACGGCAUUGGACUGACGACUCCCCGCGGAAGCGGUACAAAUGGCUACGUUCAGCGCAAUUUGUCGGUCUUGCGCUCGUACCAGACUGGCCAGGAUAGGGCAAAUUCCUGGGACGCUCCGCCUCCAAAGCAUCGCGAACCGGACCAGGGUAUCUUGGAUCAUGAGCGCAAGCGCCAGGUCGAAGUCAAGUGUCUAGAACUCCAACUGAAGCUAGAGGAUGAAGAAGUUCCCGAGGAUGACAUCGAGGCCCAAGUAUCAGCCCUCCGUGAGAGGUUGCUGGCAGACCUGGCCGCUCUCGCACCGAACGCAAAGUCUUUGAAGCCCUCCGACACUCACGCCAUAGCAGCCGCCAAAAAGUCCGAACUCGACCGCAUGGCGCGUGCCCUCGGCACACGCAGCGACUACGUUGAGGGCGCCGCCUUCGACCGCGAGAAGCAGGAGGAAGAAAAGCUCAAGCGCAUCCAGGAGCGCGAGGAACGCGACAAGAAACGCGACGAGGAGCGCGCGCGUAUGCAGGCGCAGAAGGAGAAGUGGGAGGCCGAGCGCAAGGAGCGCGACCCUGAGAGAAGAAGGCCGUGGGGCGCCGCCUCGCAGAGACCGCGAUAUGCCCCCGCCGCGCCCGCCUCCGAGGGCGUAUUCCCCGGAAGCGGGAUCGAGGCGCAGGCGGUCGCCCUCGUCUUCGCGUUCCCCCUCUCGUUCACGGUCUCCGCCUCGCCGCCGUAUGCGUCGGUCGGUAUCGCCGCCGGCGCGUCGCUCGCCUCCCCCUCGCGCCAGGGCCAGGCCGUCCAUCUCGCCUCCUCCGCGCUCUCGUCGCGGCCGGUCGCCCUCGUCCUCCCGUUCCCGUUCGCCGCCCCCGCGCCGUGGUGGACGUGA